AUGAGUCUGGUAAACGACUAUCUGAUGUUUCGUCUCCUUAUGGAGCAAGACGAACAGCGGAAAGGUCAGCGUCGAACGUCGUUACGACCACAAUCUCGUCGUGAUUCACUUUUAACACCAAGGGUUUCGAUCUCGGAGGAACCGUUCUGUUCGCCGAUCGUGCCACAUAUUCCGAUCAGACAACGAUUAUCGUCUCGACGAUGUACAAGUGUGGAUAUCGUUGAUGUAGCACCGGUUGUUGGACAGUUCGCCUGUCAGGUGUAUGGUCAAGGGCGACGACGACGGAUGAGCUUGCUUCAGACACUACGACAGCAGAAUCGUCAAUUAAACGACAGCGGACUGGAAAUUCAUCGACAAAGAACUGAUAGCGAAAUACCUAUUAACAUGCUUUUACUGCUUAGGUUAUUUGGAAAGCGUGAGAAACGAUUGGAGAGCUCUUUUCAUACCAGCGACGAGCACUCGCAGUCAUUCGAUGGAAUUGGUGGACGAUCAGGAAAAUCACCAUCAACGACCAACGAUAGUGGCCGAGGCAGUCAACAGCAUUUGGAUCAGGAUCGAGUCGUCGGCGAAAUCGUAGCCAUCAUCGAAAGGCCUAAUGACGAAAACGAAGACGUUGUUAAACCCUACAGACGGAUUCGUACAAGUAUGUGGUGA